CGUCAAGGGGCGGGGGCGGGGGCGGGGGCAGCGGCGGCGGUUGGUAACGGCGGGGGCGGACUGAGCCGCAAAGCGGCGAUUAGCCUAGUUCGGAGGCAGCUGCCGUUGCCGCCUCUCCGGCUCAGCGAGCUCUGGAUGGCUUCUUCUGAAUUUCAAGUGUUGUCCCAAGAUGAACUCCGGAAAAGACUUUAUCAGACAUUUAAGAACCGAGGUGUUUUGGACACACUUAAGACGCAGCUCCGAAACCAGCUAAUCCAUGAACUGAUGCAUCCAAUUUUAAGUGGAGAACUUCAGCCACAACCAGUGUCCAGUGAAGGCAGUUCAUUGUUAAUUGGAGCUUCCAACAGCCUGGUGGCAGAUCACCUGCGCAGUUGUGGCUAUGAAUAUUCACUUUCUGUUUUCUAUCCAGAAAGUGGAUUAGAAAAGGAGAAGGUGUUUACUAUGCAAGAUCUUCUGCAACUAAUUAGGAUCCAUCCAAAAUCCAGUCUUUACAAGUCAUUGACUUCAGGAGCUCAAAAAGAGAACAAAAAAGGUUUUCUUAUACAGAUGUUAAUGGAGCUGACAGAGCAUCACCUAUGUAAGGAAAGUCGCAACGCAGAAACUCAGACAAUCUCAAUGCCUCCUUAUAGAGAAUCUCUUGUUGAGAAACUUCAGCUGAUUGAUGAACAGUUUGCAGACAUUUAUCCCCAGCAUCAGAAAUUUGAGUCUUUAGAAGUGAAACUCAUUGAAUAUCGAAAAGAAAUAGAGGACCAGCUUCAAGCAGAAAUGUCUGAAAAGUUACAACAUUUCAAAGAGGUUGAAAUAUCAAAGAUCAGAAUGGAAGAGAAAGCACAAUGCCAGAAAGAAGUUUCUGAUUUGCAUCGAGAGUUUGAAAGGACAAACCAAGCCAAGUCUGAGGCUCUGAUUGCUCGUGAAAAGAAUGCUAUUGAAAGACUUCAAAAACAACAGGAGAUUGAAGCAAAGGAGGUUUAUACACAAAGACAAAGUCUGCUGAAAGAUAUUGAAAUGAUAAGAACCAGAGAGGCAGAACUGAAGCAAAGAAUUGAAAGUUUUGAACUUGCUCAGAAACUUCAAGAAGAAAAAAAUAAAGCUGUUGAUGAUGCACUGCGACGUCGGGAGAUAGCUGUGAAGAACAUUGAGGAGACUUACGACCAAAAGCUUAAGAAUGAACUCCUGAAAUAUCAACUCGAGUUGAAGGAAGAAUAUAUAGCCAGAACCACUAAGGUUACUGAAGAUGAGAAAAAGAAUAAAGAGAAGGCUAUACUUCUGCGUGAAGAGGCCAUUGCUGUUAAUUCAAAGAAGGAAGAACUCAAACAAGUUGUAUCACACGCAAAAGAACUGGAGCUGGAGCUGGAUUCAGUAAAGGCGCAGGUGCUAUUGGUAAACAAACAGAAUCAGUUGUUGACAGAAAAAUUGAAAGAGAUUGCGGACUAUCCCUUGUUAAAGGAAGAGAAACUGGAGCUUCAGGUGCAAAAUAAACUACUUAAACAACAACUGGAGGAGACUCGCAAUGAAAACCUGCAUUUCCGAGACAAGUUAACUCAGCCAUCAGCUGAACAUGUAGCCUGCCAGGCAGAAUUGAGGAGAAUUGAACAUGCUAAAAAGCUGGUACAGGAUGAGUUUGAAACCCAUAAACAGCUUCUGGAAAAGCAACUGCAAAGUGAGGUUGAACGUUGUGCACAAUUAAAGAUCCAGCUGUUAGACUAUGAAACUACUAUCAGAAAGCUAAACGUACAGGUUGAAGAUUUGAAAUUGCAGCUGAAGCAAACACAGACAGUUCUAGAGAAUGAAGUGUAUCGGAAUCCCAAACCUUCUCUUGUUGAUCGUUCUGUCAUUGACUUCACUGGUGAUAGGAUUGUACCUCAUGACAUUUAUGUAGAUGGUGCUUUCUUGAAGAACCGGGCUGUUACUGAUAUUGUUGUGGCAGAUGAUGUACCAAAUGUUGGUUAUCGCCAGCAUUCACGGACCUGCAACUCUUCUCCAGAUUCUGACCUUGAAUUUGUCGCCAAAACCAAAGCUAGGAUAAAAGAACUAGAAAAAGAGGCAGAGUAUUUGGAAGAGGCCUACAGAAAUUACCAGCAUAGAGUCAUUCAAGGUGCAGUUGCAAGCAGGACACCAACAAAGACUAAGUCCCCUCUACCUUUACGAAAUGCUGUUAGAUUCCCUUUGGCUUCUCAACACAGAGUUAUGUUUGUAGAAGAUGACCUUGGCUCUCAGCAUUUCUCUCUUAGCAGUCCGAGAGGCCCAAGAUAUGUGACACCUGGGCAUGAUGAUGUCUUGAAAAAUCAUCUAACUACUCCCCGAAAAAGAGUCUCUUCCUCCAGACGUCUUUCUUCUACUCCUCUUUCCAAAGUGGAGAGAAACAACAAUAGCCAUAUACUUCCAGAAGAUAGCAGCGAGUCGUACCUCGUCUCUUCCCAACAGAGUGUCGACCAGCCUCUUUCUCCUAUUUUGAGGACAGGCCAUCUUUCAUCUUCUGAGUCUGCUCCUUCAUCUCCAACCAAUCAUGGACAAAAAUUAAGUCUUCAUGAACAGCAAGCUGAUAAUCAGGACUUCAAUGACUCUUCAAAGCCAGAGAAGCUAGCAUAUGAGGACCUUGAAGAAAAUAAUUCUUCUCUUAAUGAUCAAGGGGACAUUCCAGAGCAGCUCGAAAGUGAUGUGUCACAUCCAUCUGGAGACAGCGUCAAUGGGAGCAAUGUCACAAACGCUGUGCCAGCAACAGCCACUUCACAGCAGGAUUUAACAGUGGUUGAUCAAAGCCAGUCUGAAGAACAGAAAAGAGAAGAGAAUGAGAAAAAAUGGGAAGAAGAAAGGAGAGAAAAAGACGAAAGAAGGCAAAGAGAAAGGCAGGAAGUGCUGGAAAGAGAGGAAAGAGAACUAGAAAAACUGAAUGAAGAAAUGAAGUUGAUCCAAGAUUCGUUGAAAAGUGAAGAAGAAGAAAAAAAGACAGACCAUGAAGUGGAAGAGUCAGAAAUCAGUAGUCCUGAUGCUAAAGACAAUUUGUGUGACCCUCGUCCUAAUCCACUAGAAAAAUACAUGAAACUGAUACAGCAGAGCAGAGAGCAGGAGCUGACAAACAAGAGCUCCAAAAAAGAGGAAGUGGAAGAAGUAUCACUGAUAGAGAGACUUCUGUCUAGUGAAAAAGAUGACAGUGCUGCAGGCGUCUCUCAUGGAGAACCGGAUGAAGACUUCUGGUGAAUAGCAGCUAUCAUCUCCUAAUGAUCACCACCAUGGAAGAUGGUGUGAAAUUAUGUAAAACAAAUAGUCACUACACCACCAGAACUGAAUAUUUUCAUGCACAAUGGUUUCAGCAGAGGAUCAGAAUUAAAGUUUAACAUGUUCAUAUUAAAAAAAACUAGCCUUUUACAAAGA